AUGACAUCAGGGCCUAUAACAACAGCAACUACGACGACCGGAACCAUAGCCCUAGCAACCACAGGCCUAGUCUCACCCGACGGCUCUUGUGGUGGACCGAACGGGUACGUGUGCGCUGGAAGUGGGUUUGGCCAUUGCUGCUCUGCAUACGGAUACUGUGGUUCUACGAGCGAUCACUGUGGUGCGGGUUGCUAG